GUAUUUUAUUUAUAACUUAUAUGUAUGACACAUACACAUUAUAUAUGUUAUGUAUAUGGCAUAUACAUUAUAUAUAUGUAAAAUGUGGCAUUUACAAAAUAUUUCAUAAUAAAAAUUAAUGAAAUUCACACUUUGAGCACAUUUUGGGGACCCUUCUUAUUUACUAGUCUCAUAAUCCUAUCCAAAGAGGAAAUAAAGUUGGCUUGGCAGGAGUUGUUCUUCAUGAUGGUCUCUUUCAUCUUUUCUUUUUUCUAUUCUUUUAACCUCUUCCAAAAAGGAUUUAAAGAGGCUUACAAAGCACAAAGAAAAAGUAAAUUCAUAAUAAAUAAAACAAAGCAAAAAGAAAAUAAGGUUUACAAAACAAGACAGAGCAGGAACACGUUAGCUCUGGCCUGGAUGUUCUGUUUGCCUCUUCUGAUCCUCUUUCCACCCUUCUCUACCUGUUCUAUGCUCCCUGAAGGGCUCCUGUGUCUCCUUGCUUCUCCUAUAGCUACAGGGCUCACUGGGUUCUAACAACUGCUCUGUCCUCCUGAUGCUUUGGGCCUAGAGACAGGUAGCACUUCCUGUGAACCAUCCCUUGCUGGCUUCCUUCAUCCUGCCACACCUUUGUAACUUACUCCUUCACUAAGCCCUUCUUACUUCACCCUUUGGAAGGUGCCACGUUUCCUGUCAGGGACCCUGACUGCAACUGCCCACAAAUUGUAUGCCUUCAUUCUAUAUGCCUGCAAGAUGUGGGCCUAAGGUCUUAGAGUCAUUAUCAAGUGGGAGACAAAAUCAGUAAAAGAAUCCCAUCUCUCAAGAGAAGCAGACAUAUUCCUGACACCAAAAUGGGCAAGAAAUUUUCUCUUGUGGUUUCUCAAAGAGAGGACAUUGUGGUGUAAUAAUCCCAUUCUUUUCUCUUACAAACCAUUUCUAAUCUACUCAGGGCUCAGCCCUCAAAUCUCUUCUUAUCCACACUCACUGUUUGAUCUUAUCUAGUCUCACAGCUUUAAAUAUACACAUGCUGAUGACUCCCAGUGUGUGCCUCGGGUCCUGACUUUCCCCUCAAUUCAUUUUCACUAUCUAACUGCCUAUUUUUUUGGAUAUCCAAUAGGCAUCUCAAGUUCUUUGUAUGUCCAAAACAAAACUUCCAAUGUUUAUUCUGUAAUUCUCUCCUCCCAGUGUGCCCUCAUUUCAAUAGAGGGCCCCAGCAUCAUUUGCCUGGUUGCUCAGGGCAUGUGUGUGUGUGUGUGUAUGGGGGGGCAGGAGGAGUGGGGUAGUAAUGGAAGAAACCUGUCAUCCUUUUUUUUUUUUUUUUUUUAAUAGCGAUGAGGUCUUGCUAUGUUCCCCAGGCUGGUCUUGAACUCCUAGGUUCAAGCGAUCCCCCUGCCUUGGCCUCCCAAAAUGCUGGGAUUAUAGGCGUGAGCCACCAUGGCUGGCCCUGUCAUCCUUGAUACCUUUUUUUCUCACAUUCCACAUCCAAACCGUCUCACACCAUGUUGGCUCAGGUGUUCAAAAUACAUUCAGAAUCUGACCAAUUCUUGUGACCUCCAUCACUAUCACUCUAGCUCAAACUACUACAGUUUCUCAUUCUACCAUAUUUAUUCCUAACUUGUUUCCCUUCUUCUAUUCUUGCAACCUUCCAGGGUCCCACCUCCAUCAGCCAGUGUAAUCCUUUCAAACUAUGUCAUAUCAUAUCACCUCCUGCUCAAAAUCCACUAACUGCUUCCCACCACACUUACUCUUCCCCAUGGCCUACAGGGCCUUACAUGCAUGAUCUUGCCCCUGGCAUCUUUAUUUUCUAUCACUAUUUCCUCCCUGCCUCCCUCCCCCUCCUUCCAAUCCAGUCGUAACAGCCUCCCUGAUGUUCUGUGAACAAGUCAAGCAUGCUAUUUGAGGCCUCGGGACCUUUGCACUUGUUCCUCUGACUGAAACACUCCUGUUCAGAUAUCUACAUACCUCACUCACUCAUUUAAGUCUAUGCCCAAAUGACAAACCUUCAGGGAGGUCUUCUCUAAUACCUCCACCAUUGCCUACUUUGCUUCACUUUUCUUCACAGCACUUAUCAGUACCUGAUAUGACAUGAAAUAUGUAGAUACACAUUUGUUUAUUGUCUGUAUUUCCAUUUAGAGUGUAAGCUCUAAGAAAACAGGUUUUUGUUUGUUUUUUCCUUUCAUCCCAGCAUCCCCAGUGCCUGUGACUUUAGACAGAACAGGCCCUAGGUAAACGUUUGUUAAAUGAAUGGAUGACUCUCUUCUAAUUUGUCUAAUUUCUCGAGUCACCCUCAGCCAGAUCCAACAAAUAUUUGAGUCUUAAUUAUGUAAGUGACACUUAGCUAGAUGCUUACAGCUUUAAGAACGUAUAAAACAGCCCCUAACCUGAACUGUGUCCUUUUGGGAGGGUACUGAUGGGGAGAGGGCACAAGGAAACUCCCAGAAUACAGAAAUGUUCUUUAUCUCCAUCUGGGUGGUAGUUACACAGGUGCAUAUAUAAGAGCAAAUCUACUGAGCCAUAUUCUUAAGAUAUGUGUAUUUUAUGCUGCACCCCAAUAAAAGUUUUUGUUGUUUUUUUUUUUAAGGUUCUGACGUAUCUAGACACAAAACGAGAUAAUUUUCCAACGUGGCAAGACCAAUGAUGGAGCUGCACAGCCUGCUUUGUGAGCAGUGAGAAAGCCACCAUCCAGGUACCAAGAUUGGCAUACCCUUUCCUUGAUAAGAGAAAAAGGGUAGGAUGUAGCCUGUUAUUCUCCUGACGCUGGAACGUCCUAGAGAUCACGGGCCUCUCCUAUCCCCUGGAACCAUCUUCUCACUGUGGCGCUCUUCAUUGGGGCCCAACAACAGAGAUCCCGAAUAGAGGAUGCUAGAUCAGUGGGGGCUCGAGCCCUUAAGUGAGAUGAAGCAAGGCAGAGUGGCCUUUGGGAGACGGGCAAUGGGGAAGCCCUGUGCUUUAGACUUGGCUUGAGGAGGUGACACUGUGUCCACGUGCCUAUGAAGAGAGGACGGCUGAGGACACACGCGACCCGCCAGACUUCACAAACGGAGGAGACGCGGGUCACACCAGUGCGCAUGCGCGGCAGGGGCUUCUGCCACGCAGGCGCACGGCGGCCGGCGCGGGCCGAGCGGAGGCAACGGCUGUGCGGCCUGCGGGCGCGCGCUCCCUUACUGGCCAACGGACGCGAGGCGCGCGCCAUGGAACAGCGGUUAGCUGAGUUUCGGGCGGCGCGGAAACUGGCGGGUCUGGCGGCCCAACCCCCCGCUGCCAGUCAGGGCGCGCAAACCCCAGGAGAGAAGGCGGAAGCAGCAGCGACUCUAAAGGCAGCCCCAGGCUGGCUAAAGUGGUUCCUGGUAUGGAAACCUAGGCCCGCGAGUGCCCGGGCCCAGCCCGGCCUAAUUCAGGAAGCGGCUCAGCCCCAGGGCAGCACAUCACAGCCACCAUGGAACACAGCCAUUCCUCUACCAUCGUGCUGGGACCAGUCUUUCCUGACCAAUAUCACCUUCUUGAAGUUUCUUCUCUGGUUGGUCCUGCUGGGACUAUUUGUGGAACUGGAAUUUGGCCUGGCGUAUUUUGUCCUCUCCUUGUUCUAUUGGAUGUACAUCGGGACACGAGGCCCUGAAGAGAAGAAAGAGGGAGAGAAGAGCGCCUACUCUGUGUUCAAUCCAGGCUGUGAAGCCAUCCAGGGCACCCUGACUGCAGAGCAGUUGGAGCGCGAGUUACAGUUGAGACCCCUGGCAGGGAGAUAGGACCCAGCUGUGCUGUCAUGCAGCUAACCUCUGAUGUGGUCUUCCUCACCAUUGGCUAUGGAUUUGAUUUCAGGUUCAUAGGACUAAGGGCAGCUUGCGGGUUAGCUCUGUGACUGCAUAGUUUUUCUACCUUCUUUCCCUGAUCUUUUGCUGCCAUUUGAUCUUUGAUAAUUUUGGUGAAACUCUCUAAAAUACAUUCACUGUGGGUCCGAUGCAAUUUAUAAAAAUUAUGUACUCAAGAAGGGAGACCUGUUUGUUUCAUUUCUCAUCUGUUUGGGAGAUGAUUUUAGAGCACUAGAAAGGCACUGGGGAGAUUCUCAGCUUCAAACAUCCAGCAGUUUGAAGUAUGAUUAGGUAGGUACAUCAGGGCUGCAUUGUCAAUGUUCUCUUUAAGUCUUUUAACAUUUAUAGCAAUUUUUUUUUUUUCCUGGAGAGUUUAGGUUGCAAGUUUUGGGUUUCUUGUUUGUUUUUGUUUUGCUUCCUGCUUUAAUUCUUUCAGUCAUUACUGGUAUCGAAAAAUAAAAUAUCUUUAAAACAUCUCCUCUUCAGAAAUAGGUCCCUCUUCAUUGCCCAUCACCAUCUUCCACUCUCCUAUUAUUUUGCCACCACUCAGUAAAGGAAGGUAGGAAGAGACAAAGGCCUAAGUGCAGGUGUGGGGAGGGAUUUCACAAGUGGUUAUUAACAGCCAGUUCAGCAAGAAGUGUUGAGUGUAUACAAAGGGGAGGGCUGGAAGUGUAACUCCAGACCCGUUGGCUGCUUGAGUUGUUUCUUAUAUUCUAAGGCAGCAGUCCCUAACCUUUUUGGCACCAGGGACCAGUUUUGUGGAAGACAGUUUUUCCAUGGACAGGGUGGUGGUGGAGGUGGUUUCGGGAUGAAACUUCCACCUCAGAUCAUCAGGCAUUAGAGUCUCAUAAGGAUCACGCAACCUAGAUCCCUCGCAUGCGCCGUUCACAAUACGGUUCCAAGGGCUUUAGAGUAAGCAGUCUUUUCACCUGUGGGCCUCUGGUGAGAAAUUCUGUAAAUUGUGAUAAUCAGGCUGGAUUUUAAUGUUCCUUUUCCAGUACAAUGUUAAAGUUUGGGUUCAUUAAAAUUAGGUAAACUCCCAUUCGGUUAGGGCUUCUCUCAUUAAUUCCACUUUGUGGCUAACCUUACUGUGUUUCAGCCCUUGUUGAAAAUUCUUCUGAUAUGUGUUGCUCUUCCCCACAGCCCUUUGCCCAUUGGGAGUUUGGCUGUCCCUCAGAGCCAUCCGGUCAAGCAGAUGGUCUGUUCUAUCUCACAGAACAGUCUUUUCUUCCAUGAGUUCUGUCGGAACUGAACAUGUAAAAAGUAUGGGAAACAGAUGAAUCCCUAUUAAACAUGAAGUUUUGAUUGUAUUUAAGA